GACAUUUCGAUCAUUCUGUGUGCACACUCCUUGGUCCUGUCUAACUUCACUGAGGUGUCACCUACAGAUGUGAACUUGGGAACCUCGUUUGAUGUGAACGCGUCGGCUAGCACAGGCAAAAUACCACCACCGUACCUAGACAGCGAGAACCUUGGUGCCAUUUUCCAACAGGAACACGAGGCUGCUCAAACUGAGAUCCCGAACCUCCAGGUUAGUUGCUCUCGUGUUUUUCCUUCCAUCGGCGCACACGUCUUGGACCCACUCGUGGGUUGGUGCUCGCGUUAG